UAGAAGACAUUAUAGAGUUCUACCGGUGAACCCCUUCAGAACAGCACUGGGAUCGAAAGGAAAUGGUGAGAGUAAGCAAAGAGGUUCUGCAAAAUGCUGCCAAAACCCUAUCCGACAUCCUCGUUUGCCCUCUCUCUAAGCAACCUUUGAGGUAUUGUGAGGAAUCGAGUUCCCUAAUCAGUGAUGCUAUUGGCGUUUCCUUUCCUAUAAAAAAUGGGAUCCCAUGCUUGGUUCCAAGAGAUGGGAAGAUACUUGAGGAAGAAGAUGCAUCAAAAUCAGAUAAUGAUACCAAUUUGUCUGCAGUAAAUGAAGAGAAUCAAGAAAGAAGUGUCUAACAUGAGCUGUAAGAUUUGUGAUGUUUGGAUUUCAAUCUCUCAGGCAUGUUGCUCUUUCUAUGUUAGUAUUCAUGAUGAUCAACUGUAUGUGAGCCUGCUGUUGGUGCUUGGUGGAAUGUUGUGCGAGUAAGAAGUUACUCUGUUUACACUUUGGGGGAAGAAACAUGUAUUUUUCUUUUUUCCUUCAACGAAAUUUUUUUUUUCAACAAAUAAAUUUUUAAAUUUUCCCCUUCCCUUCCAUUUUUUGAUAGUUAUUUUGUAUCUCCGAGUGUUUUCUCUCUAACUGCAUGAUUCAAGUUUUAUUAUCA